CUGGAGGCACUAGCGCUGGAGGCGCUGGAGCUGGAGGCACUGGAGCUGGAGGUGCUAGAGCUUCUAGUCCUAGAGGUGCUGGAGUUACUGCUUGAGCUGGAGGUCCUGGAGGCGCUGGAGCUGCUGGUCCUUGAGGUGCUCGUACUAGAGGUACUGGAGCGGCCAAAGCUGGUGGUGUUGGAGGCACUGAAGCUGGAGACCCUGGAGCUGGAGGCCCUAGCGCUGGAGGCGCUGGAGUUGGAGGAGCUGGAGCUGGAGGCACUGGAGCUGGAGGCGCUGGAGCUGGAGGCACUGGCGCUGGAGGCACUGGAGCUGGAGGCACUGGAGCUGGAGACCCUAGAGCUGGAGGUGCUGGCGCUGGGGUUGCUGGAGCUGGCGGUCCUAGUGCAGGAGGCACUGUGCAGCGGCGCCCGUUUUUCAUUUCGACACCGCCGACACUCCCCACUGCCUGCUCCUUCUCCUUACGCUGAGCAGACAGACUCUCGUUCAGAGCGUGGUGAGCCUGCGUCUCGUCCUGCCUCGCCUGUUCGCGCUCUUCGCACUGGUCAUCGUGUUCCUCGUCCGUGUCCUCCUCCUGUUCCCGGCACUCACGUUAUGGCACUUCGUCCUUCCUCUGUUCCACUGCGAGCUCCCCUGCCGUCUCCUCCUGCGUCCUCUCUUCCUGCCGUUCCUGACCCUGAGUCUGACUCAGCUCGUGCUGCCAGUCCUACUGUCCCACGUCUUCUAGCCUCUGUUGUCACUGACCCUUUGUUUGAGUCCACUGCUGCGUCUUCCCUAGUUGCUGAGCUUGUUGACUUUGCUGUUGCCUGUCGUCUCGACUACGCCGCUUGUCUUGAUGCUGAGUCUACGUCUGACUGUCCUCCGUCCAUCGGGGGUGAGUGUGCUCUUGGCACGGACGUCCUUGAGGAUAGGGUGAAGCGGCCGCCGGGUUCUCCGCCUGUCUUCAAUUCUCGUUACGUUGCACGAGGCUUCAGUCAGCGACAGGGAGUUGAAUUCUUCCAGACCUUCUCCCCUACCCCGAAGAUGACCACUCUUCGGGUUCUGCUGCACGUUGCCGCUCAGCGUGACUACGAGCUGCACUCUCUUGACUUCAGCACAGCUUUCUUACAGGGCAGCCUGCACGAGGAGAUCUGGCUGCGCCGCCCACCUGGCUUCACUGGGUCGUUUCCUGCAGGUACCCAGUAG